AUGACCUUCGUGGGCGAUGUUGGGAGCACGCUGACGGAGGGCAUGAGGGAGGAUAAGACGGUGAGCGCGAAGAAGGAGAUUAUGAUCAUCAGAAACACUCAGUUCGUCGCGAAUAUUGAAGAGAGCGUGAAGGUCCGAGGAGUUGACAAAGGGACUGGGUGUCUCAAAAGACGAGUGCCAGGAGUUGUUACGGAGGGCGUCGAUAACGGCUUGCAAAUGGCACGGGUGGAUUGUUUCACUUUAGAAACGGUCAUGGCCUUUGUGCUGGUAUUAUGUGCUAAGAACGCGAUAUAUUCUUCUGCCAGGUCGGAUGCAGUCGAAGGAUGGGUAGUAGCUAGAUGA